UACUAAUUGCAAAGAUGAGUAACUAUUGGUUUCAUUUCCCCCUUUUUCUUUCUAAGCGUUGGUAAUCAUUCUUAUCUUGUUUGUCAUCAUCGUCCGCCUGUCGAUUUUCAACUUUUUACUUCACUCCCUAUUACAAAAAUGGCAAUGGCUGAAAGCAGUUUCAAAGAAUCAAUAUGGUCUCUUCAUGGAAGGACAGCUCUUGUCACGGGGGGCACUCGUGGAAUCGGGAAUGCAACAGUGGUGGAGCUUGCUAGGUUAGGAGCUAGAGUACAUACAUGUUCAAGAAAUGGAGAAGAGUUAAAUAAGUGCUUGAAAGAGUGGGAGGAAAAAGGGCUUUUGGUUACUGGAUCAGUUUGUGAUGCAUCUUCUCGAGCUCAGAGAGAGAAGCUGAUUGAAGAAGUAGGUUCUGUUUUCAAUGGCAGUCUCAAUAUUCUUGUAAAUAAUGUUGGCACAAACAUCAGGAAGCCAACUAAUGAGUACACUGCUGAGGAAUAUUCAGAAAUCAUGAUUACUAACUUUGAAUCUGCAUACCAUAUGUGCCAACUUGCACAUCCUCUUCUAAAAGCAUCUGGUGUCGGAAGCAUUGUAUUCAUUUCUUCUGUGGCAGGUCUUCAGCACAUAGGUAGUGGAUCAAUUUAUGGAGCAACCAAAGGUGCGAUUCAUCAACUGACGAAGAAUUUGGCUUGUGAGUGGGCAAAAGACAAUAUCAGGACUAAUUCUGUUGCACCUUGGUAUAUCAGGACCUCACUUGUGGAACGUCUGCUCAAAAUCAAGGAGUUUGUGGAGAAAGUAGUAGCGAAAACUCCUCUUAAGCGUAUCGGAGAACCAACAGAAGUAUCAUCCCUAGUGGCAUUCCUUUGCCUACCUGCUGCUUCUUAUAUUACUGGACAGAUUAUUUCUGUUGAUGGAGGAAUGACCGCGAACGGAUUUGACUCUGGCAUGAGACUAGUUCUUUAGUAAAGGAAAUGGAGCACUUUGUCAGAACAUCAUCUUGAGUUACUCCCAUUUAGCAUAUCACUUAACCCUUGCAUUUACAAAUUCCUGUUAUCUCUUGACAUUGCUGUGAUCAUUUAGGGGCUGUGCAUUUAAAUUUGUUAUUGAAAACAGUUUGAAAUGAAGUUCACUAGACAUUUUGACAAGAAAA